UUUUUAUUAUUAUCGAAUGUAGUGCAGCGGAAAUGAAUAGAGAUCACCAGAAUGAAUGAGCCGAUGGCAAGCAUGACAAAGCAUUUGCUUACGAAAACACCCAAAAAGAUCUUGUUUGAUCGGGCAGCGAAAUUGUUUGAAUGCUCUUUGAUCAAGUCAUCAUGAUCAAAGCAGCGUCUGUCACGUCUUGUCGUCGUCGAGUUGUCUGUGCGCGCAACGCCUCUUGUUAACCCGUUUCUGUGCCCCUGGGCAAUUCAGUUAAGGGCGUGGCUGGCCCAAGCUGGCAAUUUAUUUAUGUUAUAUGCCCCUCUCCAUAGACAUGUGAUUCGCACAUCUCGCAUAUGAAGAUUGUAAAGUUGUCGCAAGUCGUCUUGGAAUUAGCUAUAAAAGUGCGUAACAUUCACUUCACAUUUGUCGCCUCAAUGAUGCAGCACAAACGAUGGUCAUAUAUAUACACAUACAUACGUAGGCAUUUAGUUAUAUGUAGGUCAGAUGGGAACUGCUGGCGACCUUUGCCUAGAUCGUAGAACACUCGACUCGGCACAUACAAAUUAGUGUCUAACCGUUUAGCUGCUAAGCUGAAACAAAUCACGCACACGCCCUCCGCCCAGAGCUUCGUUUAGCCCGAAUAUACAAAUGAGUUGAUAAGCAUCGGGGCAUCCAAUAUGCCCAAACGUGGCUGGCAAACAAAUCCAUUAGGUCAGGCGACGUGGCGUGACUGAACUGAAAGCGAAGCGAGUCGUUGGGAAACUCUAAAAUGAAGAGCUCACCCUAGCCAUUUGGCUAUGAGUUCCUAUCGCGGACUGCUGGCUCUGUCCUGGCUGGCAGCGCAGGCUCUGAGUCUGAACAUGCAAAUUGAUGAGUUCUACUCCAAGUCGUUUGUGCCCAACGACAUGCUCGUCAGCUAUGAUGUGCGCAAACCUGACGCGCUCAACUUCAAUUUGACUGUUUUGGUUCACUUUCCUGGCAAAUUGCUCAUUCAGGUGUUUGUGCGGCGGCUGGACGAUGUGCCGGGCGGGCCAAACUCGUUUGUGAUGCUCAAAUUAAAAAAUGUGGACUUCUGCAAGUCGCUCGAGUCGCUGCGCAACAUGACAAAUGAUAAAUUCCACGGCGAGCCCCUGAUUCCGUCCACCUUCCUGAUGUCGUGUCCACUGAUGUCGGGCUUCUACUACGUGGAGAACGCCACCUUGGAUGUUAGCGUGCUGCCGUGGCUCAUCAAGGAUGGCAGAUACUUUGCACUGCUCGAGCUGGUGCAGGUGUACGAAGAGGUAACCAGAUUAAUAAAUUUCAGAGUAAAGGUCACCAAGAAGACGCCCGAGUCGGAGCUGGCAGGCGGAAAGCCCGAAACCAGCAGUGAGGAUGGCUUUAAUGACUAUAACUUUUGAUAAACACUUAACUUGA